AAAAAAAUUGUUAAUGAACUUAACGAUAAUCAAAUGUAAUAACAUACCAAUUGUAUAAAUAAAGAUGUUAUGAAACGAAGUAUUACAAUCCCCGAAGAUGAUAAACGUGUAUUUAAAAUGUUGAUAAGGUUAAAUGUCGACGUGUCAGUAGAAUAAUUAUUUUAGUUAGUUUUUUUUUUAUAGACAGUGACGUGUCGCAAAUUACCUCUUGUCAGUAUUGUUACUAAACAUUCUACAGUUAGAAAUGUACGUGAAAUAAUAUAUAUAUUUUUUAAUAAAUGUGUCAUUAUACCUUAGUAUUAUGUGUGGUGGGAAAGUACACAAAACGAUAAAAAAAAUAAUAUAUGAAAAAUUCAAUGUUAAUUUUAACAACUGAGUUUAAAUUAAACGUAAAAAUCGUUCGAAGUUCCAAAUACUAUUUCUAGAGUCUAUAUAUUUAAACAUUUUUAAACAAUGUCAUGGAUAAGAGAUAGCACUUUAAACUGGUUUCAACUUUUGGCCAUAAAAGUUUUAAGAACCGGGCAUAUUCCUAAGCAUGUGGCAUUUAUAAUGGAUGGUAAUAGACGUUACGCAAGUAAAAAUGGAAUGGAAAAAAUAGAGGGGCAUACGAAAGGAUUCGACAAAUUUGCGGAAACUCUACAAUGGUGUAGAGAUCUUGGCAUACAAGAGGUGACGUUUUAUGCUUUCAGCAUUGAAAAUUUCAAAAGAAAACAAGAAGAAGUGAACGGACUUCUAAAUCUUGCUGAACAAAGAUUUAGAAAUCUUCUAGACGAAAAAGAGAAAACCAAACAAUAUGGAUUAUGCGUUCGCAUAAUUGGUAAUUUGUCUUUGCUACCUCAAAACAUACAAGAAUUAAUAGCUUCGGCUAUGAUUUUCACUAAAGAUCAUACCAAAGUGUUUCUUAAUAUCGCAUUUGCUUACACGUCAAGAGAUGAAAUCACGCAUGCCAUUAAGGAUGUAAUCGAGGGCGUUCGAUGCGGUGAUAUUCUUCUAGACGACAUAGACGAAAAUCUAAUUUCCAAUUGCUUGUACACUAACGACUCACCAAAUCCGGAUUUAUUGAUUCGUACUUCCGGUGAAGUCAGAUUCAGUGAUUUUCUUAUGUGGCAAAUUUCGAACACAUGCAUUUAUUUCACUAACGUGUUGUGGCCAGAAUUUAAUGUAUGGGAGUUUCUUAAUGCAAUAUUUUAUUAUCAAAGAUGUUAUUCCGAUAUACAAAAGAUAACGAAGAUACAAAAUGUGAAGCCUAUAAUACAAAAUAGUAGACAGUUGGCGUACAUAGAUAAAUUACAUUAUAAAAGACAAAUCGCACUUGAAAGUUUGUAUCCAUGAAACAUUUAAACACAGCGUACUAAAAUAGCAUAUUUGAAUAAUAUUAUUAUUAGAUAAAAAUUUGAAUAUCCCGCAUUGUAUAUU